AACCAAACAGGGAAUUUCUUCUUCACUCCCCACCCUACAAAGGAAACUAUAUCAACACCAUUUAUUAUUAAAACCCAACACCCAAGGAGGAGGAUUUUGUGAAGGGAAGGGAAGAGAGAAGAAGAUGGAAUUGGGUGUGAGAGGGUGGAAUGAACUGGGAAUUGUGGGAACUAUCUAUGAAGAAGAAGAUCAACAUUCAUCAUCAUAUUCAUCUUCAUCUUCCACCAUGCCCUCCCUCGAACCCACCACACCCAAUCAAACCCAACUCAAAUCAUGCCUCAGCCAUGAUCCAGACGUCGUUAUACAUGUCCACAACUCCUCUUUCCACCUUCACAAGGAGGCAUUGAUAGCGAGGAGUGCUUACUUGAAACGGCAGCUGAGUGAAUUCCCCGAAAUAACCCUCUCUCCGCCGUUGAAUAUAACGGCUCAAACCUUCUCCUUGGUAACGGAUUUCUGUUACGGAAACCACGUCGCUAUAACGCCGUUCAACAUCGCGGCGCUUCGCACGGCGGCGGAGUUGCUCGGCAUGACGGAGACUGGCGGUACGGCUGGGGAAGAGAGCUUGCAGCAGAAGACGGAAGCGUACUCGGGGGCGUCGUGUGUCAGCAGGUGCAUUGAGGCGUUGAGUGUGGCGGCGGGAGCCGACGGCGAGGUGAGCUGCUUGGACGACGUGAAGAGUGUGCCUGUUGGGGAUUUACAGGUGGUUUUGCAGUCAGCGAGUCAACGGUUGACGGACUGUCACGACCUUCUUUACAGAAUCAUUGACAUUUAUCUCAAGGAAAACAUUGCAAAAGUGUCCGAAGAUGAGAAAAUCCAAAUGUGCAACUACGUAGAUUGCAGCAUACUAUCCCCCCAACUCCUGAUGCACGCAGUCCAGAACCCCAGAAUGCCGAUGAGGUUCGUCGUCCAAGCCAUGUUCGUCGAGCAGCUAAACACUCGCCACUCCAUCAUCUCCGCAGCCGAUCGCCGCAUCCACCAGAGCAAGCACGAGAAACACGACGCCGUUACCCUAGGCGCCAUCCUGGAGCGGGACGCAGCCCUCCGGCAAGUAGCGCAGAUCAAGGCCAUCAUGAGCGCGACAAACUCGCGCAUCCAGACGCUGGAGAAGGAGCUGAGUGGAAUGAGAAAAGUCUUAAGCGAAUCAGAGAGUAUCAGGAACAGAAUCGAGUCGGGACGAUCCGCAAGCUUCCGGCUCAGCUCUGAGUCGAGCAACAAGAUCGAAAGGGGGCAGAUGGGUUCUGUCUCUUCGUUGAGUUAUAGAGACGUGAGCAGGAAAGGCAGGGCGGAAGACGGGAGCCGGAGCGUGGGGAAAAGGUUUGGUCAGAGAUUGAUGAGCGGAUUGAAGAGUGCUUUGGGUUUGCAGAAGAAGAAGUGGGAGAGAAAAGGGUCUAUGGAGUUAGAGAAGAGUGUGUGUGGGAAUGAGGGUAUUUUGAUAAUAAAGAAGGAUGAAGCUUUUCAGAAGCGCAGUAGCUCACAGUCGUAGCUCAUCUACAUUGCAUGUUUUGUCCAGUAAAGAGUUAGUUUGUUUAUAUAUGCAGUAGUAGCUUCUUCUC